CAAGGGCAGCCUGCCACUGUUCUAUUCAUUUCAUCCCGUAACGAGACGUACCCAGUCCCACUACUAGGGACUGCCAGCAGGGAGGCCCUGCACAAAGCCCUCCGUUAUGCUCCACCUGCGUGCCUCUGGUGGCUCGCCAGCUGCGUGCCUGAGUUUCUCGGGCACGUUCGGCGCUCAGGACCAUGCCCAGUCUGCGUGUGGUCCCGAGGCAGAGUUGCAGGAGCGAGGUCCUCAUCUGAAGCGAGGAUGGAGGACGGGAACAGCACCAGCAGCGCGGGCCCCGCGGAGGCUCGCAGCACAAUUCCCAGGUCCACCCAGGACGUUCUGGAUCAUCUUGUCCGUUGCCUUGUUUUUUGCCGUCGUUGGCAUCAGCAUUGGGGGCAUUCUCGGCUUCUCCCCCAGCCCUGCCCAGGCCGGCUCGCAGGCGGUGCGGCUGACGCUGCAGGGGGAGCAGGACUCGCCGAGGAACCAGACGGCCCUGGUGGACGCGUCCAGGAGCACCGUGACUUACUACGUCACCUCGCGGAGUAACCGCAGCGCCGUCGUGCUGUACGACAGCCACAAGGGCUACGUGUGCUACCGGCCCGCGGAGCAGCGCGCCUGCUACCUGCGCAGGAUGGACCCCGGGGACCGUGAGAGCACGCGGGUGAUGCUCAGCGCCUCUGAGCUGAGGGGCGAUCCCCUGCUGCAGCAGAAUAACCAGACCAAGUACUACCGCGAGUUCCUGGGCAUUCUGGCGGGGGAACAGGUGGACCCCAGCGGCCUGGGGGAGGCCAUCCAAGCCCUGUGCGAGCAGACGCCCAUCUUCUGGGUCAGGAGAGCGCAGGGUCCGGGGAAGCAGCGGCUGAUCUACCUUUGCAUCGACAUAUGUUUCCCCAGCAACAUCUGUGUGUCUAUCUGCUUCUAUUACCUCCCCGAGUAACUCCUGCAGCCACGGCUGCCCUCCCCCUGCCCUACACACUUGGAUUCCUGAAAAGCCUCUGCUUUCAACAAGGAAGGUAACAUGGACAACAUCGCCCGAAGGCUGCCUGCUGCUCUCACGCUGCCGUUCAGGGGAGCUGAGGACAACACCAGCACUCUGCUCAGCACCGUCAGUACAGACGCUUUAUUGCAGCUGUGCUUCGGGGCUGCAUCUUGUACGUAGGUGCUAGGAGCUCUAGCCAGGAACCGCGGCGAGUAGCUAGUGUUUUGUGGCCACGUGCCCUGUUUGACGCGAGGUUAUUAAACUUGGCGGGGGGGUUGGUUUCAUAACGGUGCAGUUCUCCGAGUCAGUGUGUGAAAUACACUUCCAAUAAAGGGAUUGCAAAACAAGAA